GAAAGGAAGUGUUUGUGUUAUAACAAAUCAGUUCCUGUUUGCUGUUGCAGUUUUGAGUUUUCUAUCAGCAGGGAUUGCCAUGGAUCCACCCAGCAGGUAUAAAGGUAUUUUAGGGAUAGUCUUUAAUAAGAUUCUAGAAUGGGAAUAUUAACUUCCAUGCAUAUCCUCGUAUUAUAAUGAGAAAUUCUGUUUAUGGCUGAUGCUGUAAGUACAGUUGAUGCAGUAUAGCAUUGAGGGCUAAGCUGUGGUGUUAAUACAUUUAUCUUCUGGGGUCACCAACUAGUUCUUUUGAAUUUUUAAAUUAAUCUCUUAAAUUGAUCUAAAAAUAUAGCAAUUUCCAUGUGCAUUUAUUCAAUUUUUUAAAUUUGUCUUUUUGUAUAAGUCUGUAAUUUUCAUUUUUUUUUUUUUUUUCUCUUCAGGCUGUAGAAAUUCGUUUUUGUAUAUUUACUUACUGUAACAAACCUUCCUGGCUAUGAUGCCUUCACGGAGUAGUGUAUCUGCUUCUCUACCUAACAGCAAAGUCAAGUACUCCAAACUUGCAGCCACAGAUGAUGGUUAUAUUGACCUCCAGGUAAGACUGCAUCUCAGUUGGAACAUAUUUUUAAUAUAUUAUUUAUGGGAAAAGUGAAAGUGCUGCACAAAAUGAAAUGACAAAGAUUUCUCAUGUGAAAGCUGUCGCCAUGAAGAAAAUUGAAGGUAGUUAAGUGUUACUUCAAGCACCAUGACCACUUAAGCGAUUCCCUCUUCUGCCGGUACAGAUGCCACCUUUCUUGGUAAAAAACAAUAAUAAGUAAUAAGAGUUAAAAAAAAAAAAAAUACAUUUGGAAAGGGAAAAUUCUGUACAAAAAGAAAAAAACUACUUACAGUUUGAUUCUGUUGAAUAGAGGGAUUGCUCUGCAGUUUUGGGAGAUCGGACUGCUCUUUUAAGUUCUCACUCAAUAGACCCAGCAGCAGUCUGUCUGCGUCACAUCCAUGUCGGCAUCAUAGAUUAUAUAUACAAAUGCACAGGGUUUGUUCACUAAGCACCAAAUUGUAAUGAAUUGCAGAAUGUAAGUUCAAAUAGCCAAGCUGUACCUAGGCUGAAAUGGAGAAGUGUCUUCUAAUCAAUUAUUGUGGUCUGUAGUUUACAAUUAUUUCAAUUUAUGACACAUCACAGUUUAAUGAAUAAACCUCUGUUGUUUAUUUCCUAAACUGAACAAUUUGGGGCAAAGAAUUGAAAACCAAACUACAAAGUUAAGGCCAAAGUAGUCGAUUUGGAGACCUUCUCCAGUUCUGCUAUGUCCUUAGUUUGGCUAUUUAUGGCUUGAAUUUUGCAAUUUGUUCUUAAUGUUGAAUUGCGUGAAUGCAUUUAUGUAUUUAAGCAUGUAGGUGGGGGAUUUUGUAAGUACUGUAUGUUAUAGCCAUACUACAGACACUUCAAGCAAUUCAACUUGCUGAAGUUCUUUAUGUGUCUGGAGUUUGUCGUUUAUAAAAAUGCAGAUUUCAAUAGAAAUCUGCACUUUUUUACCAGUGGAUGCCAAACGUCAACUGGCUGUCACUCUUACAGACGGUAACUUUUUUUUUUCUGCUUCCAUUAGUCCUCAAUGGGCAGUAUUACAGCGGUUUGAAAGCUGGGAGGAAGUGACAGGUAGUCACACAUACACUUUCCGCACACUACUGGCUGGUACUAGUAUUGCAGACUAAUCUCAAUCAGAGAAAUCUACUGCCUUUUGUAUUGCUGGUAUUUUUGCAGUUUUGGCAACAGACAGACAGCCUCAAAUACCCCUGUGCCAGUAAAAUACUGGCCAGGUGGCAACCCUAACUGCCAGAGAUAUAACUCAACCUCCGGCAGCAUCAUUGGAAGUCGGAACAAGAGUUUUGGCAGGCUAAUAGCAAUUCUGUGCAAAAUUAGUGGACUCUGUCUUGCCCUCAGUCUAACCUCCCUCACCUUUUGGCGAGGGGGGCGGGGGGGAAUGAUAUCCGCGAUCGGCCUGAAGAAAGAACUUACUGUAAUCAAAAUCAAUUAAUUGGUGUUUCAUGAGGUUUAAGAAAAGUGUUUUUGUGGAGUAAUCCUUUAACCUAUUAAGCCAUCUCCUCCAUGUUCCAGUACACAAGGUAGAGCUCUUCCAAUUUUCUAGAAGUGCAUAAAGUCACAUGAAAAAUAAUUGAGGAGUGCAACAAUUGCAUACACUCUUAUUUAAACAAGAAUAACUGUCAAGAACAUUGUCAAAGAAGGUAACAAUGCUUAAUAAUCACAAUGUGCAAGCCAGUGUAGUAGUGGUUUUUAUCUGUGUGUUGUUCCUCUGAAUCACCAGCAAUGUAUAGGUUAAGCUGUACUUGAAGGCACUGCUUCCUGCAAGAUAGCAUGCAGAGUAAGUAGGGCGUCACUAGAAACCUAUCCACUGUGGCCAUUUUGCCAUAUUGGUACUCUUACCUUUAUGUCAGAUUAAAUUAAAGGGAAACAUGUAUAAUCUACCAAUUUUCUAGCACUUAGCUAACACAGCAUUCAAAAGGAACGACAUUCGUAGAGCCAAAUUUAAGCAUAUUUUGAUUUAUUUCUUGUAAUUUAGUGAUCUUACCAAUAACGAUCUCACCUCUUACAGCCUCUGCACGUUGUCUUCCUCGUUUUGAAACUCUAGCCACCAGUCGAUGAGGUGCCACAUUGUGACCUCAUGUCUCUCCUCAUUGUGGCUGCAUGCAGAGCUCAGCUGAAGGCAGGGAGGUGUGACUGUGAAUAAUAUACUGUAAUGUACUGAGCUGGGUGCCUGAGAGUAGGAGGAGACUCCUAUGCAUAACAGCGCUGGGAUCUCCUUGAUUCCAGCAAUGUACUGAUUACCUGAGAGCGAUAGGAGUGUGGUUGCUGUCAGCAUGUUCAGUUAAUACCAGAUUUGUGCAGAAAUUGUGUUGCUUUUCCAAAACUUUAAACGUACAGAAUAUCGUCAAUCUGCCUAAAAGGCGGCCAAUAAUUACAUUUCUAUAAGGGAUCAACUGAUAUAAUUUUACUUGAGCUGAUAUAGAUUGUGCCGUGGGAGCUAAACCUCUGAUUACUUCUCCGACUGCAUUAUGCUAUCUUUGCAAUAUCCACAAUGCCAGUAGUUGGUGCAACUGUGGAUCUUACAUUGCAAUGGCAAAACAAUACAUUUUGCAACUGUUGUAGAACUCUGGAUCUUGCUACAAUAAUGUAUGUCUAUGGAGUCUGUCACUGUUUUAUAAUUGGGGGCAGAGCUAAUGGAAGCAGGCAUUGGGCUACUUAGGAAACCUGGCACACAAACUAGUUAAAAAAUUAAGUUUUUAAUGGCAUGUUCCUUUCAAAGUGGCAUAGCAUCUUGUAAGUUGUCAUUCUUUAACAGCUGGAUAGCUACCUUUUGAUAACUCCUUUGCAGGUGGAUUGAUAUUCUGAUGUGGCAGAGUAAGUGCCUUGCAGACUUGCAUGCUUUAAAUUGCUGUCUCUGCCUACCACUAAUUAUAUAGCCUCAUAAUUAAAAACAUAGCCAUGAGAGCAGCAGUAUACUAGAAUAUAUAUAUAUAUAUAUAUAUAUAUAUAUAUGUGUUGUAUUUUUUUUUUAUCCUUAAUUAACACUUUUUGUAUUUUUUUUUUCUUGAUCUAGUUUAAAAGAAGUCCUCCAAAAAUCCCAUACAAAGCCAUUGCACUAGCCACUAUCUUGUUCAUGAUUGGAACCUUGUUGAUUGUAAUUGGGUCACUUCUUCUUGCCGGAUACAUUAGCAAAGGAGUAAGUUGUGAUGUGUACACUUCCGUCUUGUAUGAUUAGUGAGUUAUGGUCCUAAAUUCUUUUAUAUUAUGCACACUGUACACAAUCUCCAUACUUGAUAAUCUGUUUGUUCUAGUAAUCUAAAAACCAUUCCACCAAAAUGGAAAAAGGGUUUUUAAAAAUCAGAAAAUUUGCAACAGAAUGUUCAUUUAUGACAUAACAUAUUAUGAAAUACAGAGAACAAAGUCAUUAUUAAGGAUUAAUGCAAAAAUGCGUAUCAGUACAGUUGCUUGGAUGAACCCCUGGAAGUCAAAUUUACUGAUGCAUGAUGCUCUUUGUUGAAUUCUUUUGAUACGUAGUCUGUCGAAUGCCUAUUUAAUCUAUUUGGACACACUUUUAUUUUCUUUAUUCAUUCUAUCUUUUUUGGUCAAAAUCUGUGUCUGUUCAUAUAGUACUAUUAUACAUUUGCUACACACGGUCUUGCUUUGGUCAUGUGGAGAAUUAAAGAUUCCAGUCCAUUUAUAAACGUAUGUGUACCACUAUUGGUUCAAUCUCCUCCUUACUCAACCAGCAGCUUUGAUUUUAAGAUUAUUCCAGGCUGAAGCUUUCUUUCUCUGCAGUGACAUGCCCUUAAUACUUACAUGUAUGUUUGGAAUUGUCUACGUGUUAUUUCAUUGAGUGUUAUUAACAUUACAGACCUUUUGAAGAUAAACACAUUUGUUAUAUGAUGACCAUUUAAUGAUUAAUUUGGGUUGCUGAUUAUUUUAACACUCUGUAUGUUUUGCUUUUUUAUGCUUUCAGGGCAAUGAGAGGGCAAUACCAGUCUUAAUCAUUGGCAUACUGGUCUUCCUGCCUGGCUUUUAUCAUCUACGCAUUGCAUAUUAUGCAUCAAAGGGGUACAGAGGAUAUUCCUAUGAUGAUAUUCCUGAUUUUGAUGAUUGAACAGAGUCCCUUAAUCCAGCAUUGAAGUACUUGAUCUCUCACCAUUUGCCAAGAUGUCUGGUUGAAAUAGGACUAGUGGAAUAUAGACUCAGCGUUUUGGCUUAGGUUUUAGAAGAGCCUAAUGGAGUACUAAAUACAAAUGCUUUUUCUCUUUGACAAGUACACCCAUGUAAUACCAAUGCUUCCUCUAUAAAUUAUUAUAGUAUUCUUUGGUAAUGUUGCCUCAGGAUUUAGUUUUAAUCCUUUGCAUGGAUUGUAAGAUUGUUUAAUAAUUUACAGGCAAAAGACCCAAACAUGCAAGGUGUACAGAGGGAAGGAACAGAAUCCAAGAUAAAACAUUUCAAGAGUUGCUUUGUAGAAACGAUAUAUAAAGCAUAAAUAAAUAUGAACUUAAUAUAAAGGGUUUCCUUCGAAAGCUUAGAAAAAUGACUUCUGGUAUUGGUAAUACAAGAUUUGUAUCCAUGGUCAUUUUUGCUACUUUGUUCCCUGCUUUUUGAAAUUAAUUAUGGUUUAUGUUCUGCAAUUACCAUUUGAUGGCACAAAUGUUGAGUUCUUUAAAAAUGUCAUCACUUAUCCCACUGGUUCACAAACCAGUCUUGGGUAUUUCUCUGUACCCAAGGUUGGUUUGUCUCUAGAGCACUAGCUUGGGAAUUAUGUAUUUCCAAGUUCAAGUUUUAAGGGCAGAUUUCCUGAAUUUAUAUGUAUUCCUUUGUUCAUAAUUGAUUCAAAAUUCAGUUUCAUGUGUUUGAAGAGCUGAUAUUGGCUAUUGAUUUUAUUCAAUAGUGCAUUAACACCAUACAUUGAAAAGUGAAUUUCAAACUAUUGAAUUACAGCGCUCAUCAACUGCAGAAACAGAUCAAGAAAACUGGGAUUUGUGGCACAAUUUUUUUUUUUUUUUUUUAACACAGAAUUAUGCUGUAUAGUUAAUACCAUUUUAUUUAGGUGCCAUUUACAGACAGUCCUAUCUGAUUGCUGUGUUCUUAAAUGAAGAUAAUUAAUGGUAUUUUGUUUUAUUUCUCUGAAUAAAUCAUCACCAGUAUUCUUUUUGUGAUAAAGUGAUUUUAUUUGAAUAGCAUUCAAAGUGCUUUUAUCAAAUUCAUGUUUUAGUUAUCGAAUUUAGUAACCGCUUUAAGGUAUGUUUAACUGUAAAAUUUAUAGGUAAACUGUCAUGGCUUACCUGGCCGCCACAAUGUCAUUAAAUGUAACACCCACCGCCAGUCCGCCCAUGCUCCUCCUCCGUUCUUUGCCGACUUUCUCCAUGACGCCAACAUGUUGGCUUUGUUGCUGGCGUCUGAACGGAAUGAUGUCACGUCAUUCUGUUCCUAGUGCUAGCAGCGCCGCUGGCUAAGGAGUUAACAUAGCAACUUGCUAAAGAAUUGAGAGAGAAAUUAGGAAAAACAUGUGUAUGUGUGUACAUAUAUAUUUAUUUUUCUUAUCUGGUUUUUCUCCUAAUCCACACAUUUGCUAGCAAAACUGCUAAUGUAUAAUAAGGUAUAGAUAGAAGUUCAAGCUCUUUUAAAAGAAAUAAAGAUAUGUAUAUAUGACCAUUUCUCUUUUAAGUAUUCAUUCUUCCAUAAAAACAAAGACUGAUUGUAUGAGCAUCAGGUGGCCAAAUUUUUUUAAAAAUUUACAAUCUGGUUAUAACUUCUCACCAGGGUUGUAGAGUGUGUACACAUAACCUUCAACUCUGACUCUUCAACUUACCUCCAAUUCAUUUUGUUCUAUAAGGGCUACCAAUUUCCACCUGCCACUAGCCAUUGUUGAGUAAAACUUUUAGCCCUUGUUAGUAGAAAUUCACACCUGGAUGGUAUACUAUGGCUUGCAGUGGACUGACUAGUAGCAUAUGACUACGAAUGUUAAACUCUGUAUUAUGAUAUUUAGCACAAUUAUCUUACAAUAUACUAAAUACACUGGCUGAAAAGUCAGCACAUUAUUUGGGAGUCGACUUAUUAGGCAAAUCUAAGAUUAAAUUUAUAUUGCACCUUGACUUACACAGUACGUUUAAUUGGAGUCAGUAAAUGUUAUUGACUGAAAGGGACACUCUACACCUCUAAAGCAUUUCAACUUGUUACUAAACAGUGAUUUUUAUUUCUUUGUAUUUGGGUAAUGGAGUGUCCCUUUAAGUAACCCAAUUCAUGCUUCUGACUCCACAACACUGUUUAUAACUAAUGCUUAAUUUAAUGUUUGAUGUGAUAUAUCUUUGGUGGUCUUGUGACAUGGCUCAUGUGUUUUUAAAGCAGCAGUAGUUUCUGUAUAACAUAUUUUUAAUAAUCAAGGCUGCAGAUUUUAUUCUUGGGAGGAUUAACUCUGCCUUUAAUCCUGAGGUUGACUAAAGUGUGCACUGAUAACUGUAGCCCAGUACCUAUCUGUAAAUAAGCAAACAUUAAUUGUUACCAGUUACUUGGAUGGUAAUAUUUAGUGAUUUUCUCUAGUGCACUUCCUGCGUGCCUACUUAACAUGUGAAUGUAAAGAAAAGGGGACAUAUGUUAAGCUUUUUGUUUGCUCUGUCUUUUUGUACGGUUUAUAUUUGAUUAAAAUACGCUGUUCUCUUUUUCUAUAAAUGCCAAGUUGUGCUUGUUUUUUUGUUUGUUUUUCUUUCUGUACUGUGCCACUUUCUUGCUAGUAUUACUCCUUACAGGGAGCUACAAAUACUGGCAUUUUGCAUCAACUUCAUAGUUGAGUAGCUUUACAUAUUUUUAACACAGAUUAUGUUUAUAUUACAUAAAUAUGGAGGUUGCUUUAGUGUGGUGACUUUAUCAAAACAACUUCUCAGUGAAGUUGUUCGGGGGCUAAAGUCCCUGGGUGAAGUCUUACAUAGUUGCACAGUUGUAAUUACAUAGUAAGCCAUCAAGUUCAAACUUUUAAACAGCUAACAUCUAAAGUUUUUCCCGGUUAUCUGUCCGCACACAGUGUCAGCAUCGGUUUAUUACCAUCGCCCAACUCUUCUCUGAUGUCCUUCUCUGCUCAGUAUGGUGGCCGAGCAGAGAAGGGACAGAAUAGUGCGGACAUAUGCACAGGGAGCAUAUUCGAUGUUUACCUGAAAAAGGUUUAACAUUUAGUCACCCAGGAACUCUAGCCCUCAAAACUAUUUUAUAUUGUUUUUGUUCCUUUAAAUGUUAUGGCUCUCUUCUGCAGUAUCAAUAACAGACAGAAGAGGGUGAUAAAACACUAUUACACUACACUAUAUGUGAUGAUAUGCGUAUGAUUUUGCUAUGCAAAAUGCCAUUCAAAUAGUCUAUAUUUCAACCAAUUCAAGAAAGACAGUGAAACAGUCCCCACAAAUCCUGAAAACUCAGGAUGAAUGGGCAGAUUCACACGGCUGCAUGUUUUGACACUAUCAACUUAAUAUUCUAAAUUGGUUUGGCUAUAUUUGUGUCCCAUGAGUUAUAUUGAUAUUUGACGUUUAUAACUUAUCAGUAAUAUAAGUUAUGGUUCUUCUGAGGAACCGACUGUUGGAGCUCUAUGGUUUUCACAAUUUGUCUUGGAGAUAUGAAAUUAUAAUGGAACUGAAAUAUGUUCAGGGUCAAUUUAUUAAGAAUGUAUGCCUGAACAUAAGACACGGGUGUUCACCUUGCUAUUUCAUGUAGUGUACUGGCCUAAAACUUGCAAAAUGUAUACCAAAAUAUCAGACUUGACACAAGUUUUUAUUUUUCCCACUAUGAAUAUUUCAUUCUAAAUAGAUGACAUCAUAAAUCAGCACAACACAAC